AGAAUUAUUCGAUUUUAGUUUGGGUUGUAAUUCCUCCUUUCUCCCACAUGAUGUCAUUCUCUUGUAACUCUUAUGUACAAAAUCACGCCCCUUUUGAUCAUCACGAUGAUGAUGUUGAUAUUGAUCAUCAUGCUAGUGAUCAUCAAGAGGAGAGUGGAUGGACAACUUAUCUCGAAGAUUUCUCAAAACAAUACAGAAAUCACUGGGAAGAUAGCGAUCAUCAAGACAAGAGUUCGUGUUCGCUUCUUGGCGUCUCUCCUUCUCUGGUCUCAGAUGCCGCCACUGACGCCUUUUCCGGCAAGAGUUUUCCAGUUAAAUUUUCGGCGAAGUUGACGUUUGGGAAAGCAAGAACCAAAAAGAUUUGUGAGGAUGAUUCUUUGGAGGACACGGCUAGCUCUCCGGUUAAUAGCCCUAAGAGAAAUACGAGAGGCAUGGAGGAUCAUCAAAUCCAAAUCAAAGAAGCGGAUGGACAAAAUAUGAGUAUGAUGGGGAAUCUCAGAGAAGGAAACAACAUAAACGAUUUGAGGAGUCGAGGAUUAUGCGUCGUCCCUAUUUCCAUGUUGGCUAACUUUAAUAGUCGCUUCUGACUAAUAAUCAAUUCGGAUUAAAGCAGCCUUAUAAAUUUGGCGGUGUUUAUAUAUGCACCCAUCGAUCUUGUAUAUACUUGCUUGUUGUAUGUUCACUGGUAUGUGCUUAAUGACAUGUUCACUGGUAGGUAUUCACUGGUAUGUGCUUAAUGACAUUUGUAUGGUAUGUUUAAAUCUAUAUAAGUGUAAGUCGCUGGGAUAUA